AUGGAUCUCUUACAUUUAAAUUGUACUUUAUUGGAUAAUUUAUUUAAUAAUCAAAAUAAUUCUUCUACGAUCUCACCAACUUAUUCAGCUACUUCUUUAAGUAAAGGAAGUGCUAAUGCUGUUUCUGAUAUGGCUUUAACUGUUGGAAAUGUUGAUUAUUUUAUUCAACAUUAUAUAUUUCCAAUUCAAUUUUUUCUUGGAGUUUUUGGAAAUUCAAUUAAUUUAGUAGUUUUACUUUCUUCUGGAAUGAAAAACCAAGCAAAUAUUUUACUUGCAGCAAUGGCCUGUGCUGAUUUAGCUUUUUUAUUUUGUAUGCUUCCAAAUUCUCUAGUUUCUUUUCCAUUAUUUUAUCGUUCAAUUGGUUUUGCAUAUUUUUAUUUUUUAACAAAAAUUCAUUGUUUUGCUCUAGCCAAUUGCUUUUCAACUGCUGCUACUUUUUUUGUGUUGGCAGUUUCUUUAGAAAGAUUUACUGGGGUUUGGCGUCCAAUGCAUACAUGUUUUCAAUUACGUGAUAGACGCUUAUUUUUGCUUAUUUUGAGUAUUUUUGUCUUUGCCUUUUUAUUAUCUUUUUAUCAUCAUAUCGACCACAGAGUUACUAUACAAAUUCAAUGCAAUAGAGUUUGGGCUAAUUUCCAGCAUAUUAGCCAAUUAAAGAAUAUUUCCCCUUUUUUAUUGAAAUAUUUGAGAAUAGCCAAAUAUGGCCAAUCAUUAAUUGCUGUAAUUCUGCCUGUUAUUGCUGUUGCUAUAUUAAAUGUUUCUUUAGUUUAUUUUUUAAGAAAAAGGAGAAGAAUAUUAAAUAAUAGUACAAAUAAUUGUGAUGGGGAUUUAAAUGAAUUUAAAGAACAAGAAUUUAGAUACUCAGAUAUUGGAACAUUUCAGCGUAGAGAAAGAAAAGUAACUGCAACAGUUAUUGCUAUUGUUACUUGUUUUACAAUAACACAUUUGCCAACAUUAUGCCCAGUUAUUUGGGAACAUUUUUUGCCAAAUAAAAGGAGGGUUGAAUUAGUUACCGUUACAGCUGUUUUGAAUUGUAUUUUGGUGACUGGAAAAGUUUUAAACUUUUUCUGUUUUUGUUCAAGUUCUGAACAUUUUAGGAAAAGGACUGUUUUAAUACUUAAAGCACAAUUGUGUCAACGCCGUUCUCGAAAGAAAUAUUCUUCAAUGGUUGCUUUAUCCAAUUUAGCAACACAAACUAAUUUAACUUUAAUUCAAAACGGUUCUAAUCGAAAAAAUUCGAGUUCUGCCAGAACAUCAAGAACAACUUCUCAUUCAAUUAUUUCUUCAAAUCAACAACAACAACCAAACAAUAAUUAUAGAAUACAAAAACAGUCUAUACUUAGUCUAAGAGAGGCAUUAUUGAGACAAAGUGGAGCUGAAUUUGAUGAUAUAAUAAUUAAUUGUAAUGGACAACAACAAUAA